AUGACUGAAGACCAGGCCAUUAUAGUACUCAGGAACAUCUGGCAAGCCGAGAACAAUGAUGUGAAAGCACAGUGGCAAGCACAAUUAGAUGAAGACAGAGACCGACAAGAACACUUAGAAAGACUCAAUGAAGAUGAGCAGGAAAGACAAGAGCAAGAGUGUCACGACAAGGAAGAAGCAACACUGAAAGAAGACAAGAAGAAGAAGAAGAAGAAAUAUAAGUACACUGCUGUCCCGAAUCUCAAUGUUCCUAUGAACCCUACAAUCCUCCCUCUUGAUGACGCGAAGCUCAAGAGCUCCGUGGAUGAGGACACCAUGAUCAUGGCUACCUUAGCAGGAGGAGACACUGCAUGGGUAUCAGCCACUUCUAUGCGCAACGCCAAAGCGGUCAUAGACGACCAAAAUCUUAACUUUGAAGACUUCUGUCAGGCCUGUCCACACAUUAUAGAUGCCAUGCAGGAAGCCGCAUGGCCUGCAGACCGUAUCCAGAUGAUGGCUAAGUUCUGGUGCAACUUACAAGUCCACAACUUCCGCUCCAUGCAUGACCCUUUAGCACAGAAAGCACUUGUCAUAUACCAUAUUCCCGGGUACAGAUCCGAAGAUCCAGAUCUCAGAUCCAAUCCAGAUCCAAUGGACAUAUCCGUCGUCCGGUUCACAGAUCCGAUCUAA